AUGGCACCUACUCGUCGAGUUGCAAUCAUCCAAUGGCAUAUCCAAGAGCUCGCCAUUGAAGAGAAUCAUGCUACAGCAUGCGAUUAUAUUAUUCAGGCAGCCUCUCAAGGCGCCGAACUUGCAGUUCUACCCGAAUAUCAUCUAAGCGGCUGGGUUCCUACAGAUCCGCGCUGGGCAGAGCAAGCCGGUCAAUCAGCAAAAUAUCUAGCCAACUAUCAAGCCCUUGCAAAAGAACACAAGAUUUGCCUUGUGCCUGGUACUAUCAUUGAGAAGCACGUAGGCGCUAACCAGGAUACUCUCUUCUACAAUACCGCGUACUUCAUCUCGAGCGACGGCAGCAUUCUCGGCAAUUACCGCAAGAAAAACAUCUGGCACCCCGAGCGGCCGCAUCUGACUUCAUCCGGACUGGAAAGUCAUUCAGCCAUCGACACGCCGAUCGGUCGGAUCGGAAUGCUAAUCUGCUGGGAUCUGGCGUUCCCUGAGGCAUUUCGCGAGUUAAUUGCUGAUGGUGUGGAGAUCGUUAUCAUACCUACUUUCUGUAAUAUCUACCCAUUUCCGUUGAAUUUCUGGGAUUCCAUUUGGCUGAUUUAUCUUUCUGCAGGGACUCCUCGUGAUGCUUCGCCUGAGGCAUUGCGGCGCAACCCAGCUUCUGAGGCUCUGUUCCUAUCUUCCACACUGACGGCCCGCUGCUAUGAGAAUACUUGUGGUAUCAUCUUUGUGAAUGCUGCAGGCCCGGCGGAUGAUUUCCUGGGUAUGUCACAGAUUACACUGCCUAUUGUUGGCCCCGUUGCGAAAAUGGGUAACGAGGAGGGCGUUGUGGUUGCAGAUAUGGAUUUGGAGCUGUUGGAUAUCGCGGAGAGGAACUAUAAGGUGCGGGAGGAUAUUAAGAAGGAGGGAUGGCAUUAUGUAUAUCGGCAUACUACGAGCCAGUAA